AUGACAAAUAUUGAUGAAGACAAUGUGACUGUUCAAAGCCAAGCUGGAAACGCAUAUCUGCUGCCGGGAACAACUUUGAAACAACAUCUGGGAAACAGGAUAUAUAAUCAAGCCCACAAGAUGGCGCUGUUGGUACCGUUUAGAAACUGUAGCGAAGAAUUGAAUCAAUUUGCUCCAUACAUUGAAACGUUUCUGAACAACCAAAAAAUCGCUCACACGAUCUAUGUAAUUAAUCAAACGGAUGCUUACAGCUUCAAUCGAGCGACACUGAUCAACGUCGGGUUUCUAGAGAGCGAUCCUAACUGUGAUUACAUCGCCAUGCAUGACGUUGAUUUGUUGCCUCUCAACCCACUGCUAAACUACAGCUUCCCUUCGGAAGGUCCAUAUCACGUCUCCUCUCCCAAACUACAUCCAAAAUACCAUUACCCAUCAUUCAUCGGGGGAAUACUGCUGAUAACAAGAAAGCAUUUUGAGAGUGUAAAUGGGAUGUCAAAUCUAUUCUGGGGUUGGGGAGGAGAAGACGACGAGUUUGGCUUGCGGUUAUUGCAUUUUGGAAUGAAGGUGAGACAUCCAGUAGAUGUAAAGACCGGCGUUCGAGACACUUUUCGGCAUAUUCAUAAUUCGAAGAAAAGACCUCGAGAUCAAUAUCGGUACCACAAGCAAGGCUUUGAGGUGUAUACGUUGACAGAGGGCGGAAGACUCAACCGUACUGUAGAUUCAACUGUACAAAUCAUGUACAGAGUGAAAGAGAGCGGAAAAAUACCGCAGAUGUAUACAUACCGUGACGAAGGAUUCAACAGUACCGAAGAUGUUUACCGUGACGGAGGACUCAAUAGUACCGAAGCUGUAUACAGUGACGGAGGACUCAAUAGUACAGAACGUAUAUACAGUGAGGGAUGA